AUGGGAAGCGGAAUGAGAAAUCUGGAAGAAGAUGCGGCAGGUCUUUAUCUCACCCUUCAAAAUGAUGAUGACAUUGUUCAUGGUGAAGAUGACGAUCGACUCAAACAGCUGGGUUACAAGCAAGAACUCAGCCGUGCCCUGUCGCUAAUGGCAAAUUUUUCAGUCACCUUCUCCAUUGUGUCAGUCCUCACUGGUCUGACAACAAUGUACAGCUCGGGUCUAACCUUUGGUGGGCCAAUUACGAUGGUAUACGGGUGGCCAAUAGUGGGCAUGCUGACCCUCAUCGUGGGUAUGUCAAUGGCUGAGAUUUGCUCUGCUUAUCCUACUUCUGGAGGGCUUUACUUUUGGAGUGCAAGGCUCUGUGGCAACGAUUGGGGUCCUUUUGCUUCUUGGCUCACCGGCUGGUUCAACAUUGUUGGUCAGUGGGCUGUUACAACCAGUGUAGAUUUCUCACUUGCACAGCUGAUUCAGGUUAUGAUUCUCCUUAGCACAGGUGGAAAAAAUGGUGGUGGAUACGAAGCAUCGAAAUAUGUAGUUAUUGCUAUACAUGGGGGAAUUUUACUCCUACAUGCUGCACUAAAUAGUCUUCCCAUCUCAGUCUUAUCUUUCUUCGGACAGCUUGCUGCUGCCUGGAAUCUUGUAGGGGUUGUGGUUCUUACGAUUCUCAUUCCCCUUGUUUCAACGGAGAGGGCUAGUGCCAAGUUUGUGUUUACACACUUCAACACUGAUAAUGGGGAUGGAAUCAAUAGUAAAGCUUACAUUUUCGUUCUGGGACUUCUGAUGAGUCAAUAUACCCUCACUGGGUAUGAUGCAUCUGCUCAUAUGACAGAGGAAACUAAGAACGCUGAUAAGAAUGGACCAAAAGGAAUAAUUAGCGCCAUCGGAAUAUCGGUUGUAUUUGGAUGGUUUUACAUACUAGGUAUCACCUUCGCAGUUACCAACAUCUCUUACAUCUUGAGCAAAGACAAUGACGCUGGUGGUUAUGCUAUUGCUGAAAUAUUUUACCUAGCUUUUAAGAGAAGAUAUGGCAGUGGGGUUGGGGGAAUUAUUUGCUUGGGAGUGGUUGCUGUUGCCAUAUUUUUCUGCGGCAUGAGUUCAGUUACAAGCAACUCUAGGAUGGCUUAUGCGUUUUCUAGGGAUGGAGCGAUGCCACUCUCAUCACUUUGGCACAAAGUGAACAAUCAGGAUGUACCCAUAAAUGCCGUUUGGCUAUCUGUGGUCAUAUCAUUCUGCAUGGCAUUGACGUAUCUCGGAAGCGAGGUGGCAUUUCAGGCCAUGGUAUCUAUAGCUACUAUUGGACUGUACAUUGCUUAUGCCCUACCCAUCUUGUUCCGGGUGACUUUGGCACGCAAGUCCUUUGCCCCUGGACCAUUCAACUUGGGUCGCUAUGGAGUCCUGGUUGGCUGGAUUGCAGUCCUUUGGGUAGCAACCAUCUCGAUCCUCUUCUCAUUGCCUGUAGCCUACCCCAUCACUAACGAGACACUCAAUUACACUCCUGUUGCUGUUGGUGGUUUGUUAAUCCUUACUGUCUCUUCAUGGAUCUUGAGUGCUCGUUAUUGGUUCAAAGGUCCUAUAACCAAUGUAGAAAGCUAA